AUAUGUCCUCUUAGGGCUUCAUAUCAAAAAUAGCUGCACGUUGUCUUCUGUUUACUGGCAGCUCUGCCCACUCCAUUAGGAGUUUUGGGUGUAAAUUUAUAUAUGUAUGCAUUUUUUAUAAUUACAGAGCGAGCCGAUGCUGCCUCAAAAACUAAAGUAGCAAGAAAAUUAAAAGUUUUCAAGGAAUAUUACAAAGUGGAAAUGUCUCCACCAAAUGCCAACGAAAUGCAGAAGUUGCAAUUAGACUUGGCAUUGGUGAGGGAGUUCGUGGCGGCGGGUUGUUGGAAGCAUUUGACAGUGAAGCAGGCCUGGUUGCUGUUCCUGGUUGGUCUGGAGAUCAGCCUCUGGUUCUUCCUCGGAGAAACAGUCGGGAAGUGGAGCCUCGUCGGCUACAAAGUUUAGGAACAUUACCAAGGAACGCGGCAACUGUAGGCUUCAUAUCAGGACAGCUUGCCAAAAAGAAUUUUAUUAAAAAAAAAAAACAAAAUAUGCCAAUGCAUUACAUAUAUUAACAAAAAAUUAAAUUAUUAGUAUUGAGUAAAACUGACGAAAAACA